UUCCCAUGAUACCUUCCAAGAUGAUGAAUGCUGAGGAAGACCCUUUGGACAGCUUUCUCCAGUAUAUUGAGGAUAUGGGAAUGAAGGCAUAUGACGGCCUGGUCAUUCAAAAUGCAUCUGACAUUGCUCGAGAGAAUGAUCGCUUGAGAAAUGAAACAAACCUGGCUUACCUGAAGGAGAAGAAUGAGAAACGGCGACGGCAGGAAGAAGCAAUCAAACGCAUCGGUGGAGAAGUAGGGCGAGGCCAGGACUCCAGCUACGUGGGCAAGCACUUCCGCAUGGGGUUCAUGACUAUGCCUGCUCCUCAAGACAGACUUCCACAUCCCUGCUCCAGCGGAUUCACCGUGAGAUCUCAGUCCCUACACUCUGUUGGGGGCACGGAGGAUGACAGCAACUGUGGAUCCAGGAGACAGCCGCCCCCCAAGCCCAAACGGGACCCCAGCACCAAGCUUAGCACUUCAUCUGAGACAGUCAACAGUACUACAGCCAGUAAGAGCGGGAGAUCCCUGGAGAGGGCGGAAGUGUCUGCCAAGCCAAGACCUCACAGUGAUGAGUAUUCAAAGAAAAUUCCCCCUCCGAAACCCAAACGGAAUCCUAAUACUCAGCUUAGCACGUCUUUCGAUGAAACCUACAUCAAAAAGCAUGUGCCAAGGAGGACCUCGCUCCCCCGGGAUUCGUCGCUGUCCCAGGUCUGCAGCCCCGCAGCAGACGGCGAGGAGGAGGAGCCCGUGUACAUCGAGAUGGUGGGGAACAUUCUCAGAGACUUUAGGAAAGAGGACGACGAUCAGAGCGAGGCUGUCUACGAGGAGAUGAAGUACCCCAUUUUCGACGACCUAGGCCAAGAUUCCAAAUGCGACUUUGAGCUUCACAGCUGCUCCUCACAGUGUGCUACUCCCACGGUGCCUGACUUGGACUUCGCCAAGUCUUCAGUGCCAUGCACUCCUAAGGGUUUGCUCUGUGACAUCCCGCCGCCCUUCCCCAACCUGCUCUCUCAUAGACCUCCCCUGCUGGUGUUCCCCCCAGCCCCGGUCCACUGCUCCCCCAAUUCUGACGAGUCUCCACUGACCCCGCUGGAGGUCACAAAGCUUCCCGUGUUGGAAAACGUGUCUUACAUGAAACAGCCACCUGGAGCAUCUCCAUCCUCACUGCCACACGCCUCCAGCCACGCUAAAGAGCAGCCCGGAGCCCUGGGCCCUACUUCUGCGACGUCUGUGCUCUCCUCAUCCCCUCCGCCUCCGUCCACGCUGUACCGAACCCAGUCUCCCCACGGCUACCCUAAAAGUCACUCCACCUCCCCGUCCCCGGUCAGCAUGGGGAGGUCCCUGACGCCCCUGAGCCUCAAGCGGCCGCCCCCCUAUGACGCCGUGCAUUCCGGCGGCCUCUCCAGGAGUUCCCCCUCAGUGCCUCACUCGAUGCCCAGACCCGUGUCGCAGGACGGGGCCAGGAUGGUCAAUGCUGCGGUGAACACCUGCAGCGCAGCGCAGAGCGGCUCGCGCUCCAGAACCCCCACGAGUCCCCUGGAGGAGCUGACCAGCCUCUUCACCUCAGGCCGGAGCCUGCUGCGGAAGUCCUCCAGCGGCCGUCGGUCCAAAGAAGCAGCAGAGAAAUCCACAGAGGAACUGAAAGUCCGAAGCCACAGCACGGAGCCAUUACCAAAGCUGGACAGCAAAGAGAGGGGUCACCACGGGGCAUCUUCUUCCAGGGAGCCAGUGAAAGCUCAGGAAUGGGAUGGAACACCAGGGCCACCUGUGGUCACCAGCAGAAUGGGCAGAUGUUCUGUGAGCCCUACCUUGUUGGCAGGAAACCACAGUUCAGAACCUAAAGUAAGCUGCAAAUUGGGCCGGUCGGCGUCUACAUCAGGAGUUCCUCCUCCUUCUGUUGCUCCUCUCAGGCAAGCCAGUGACCUGCAACAGAGCCAGGUGGCAUGCAUGCAGUGGUUUCAUGGAGACCAUACGAUGCUUGAGAUGAUUGAGAAAAAGCGUUGCUUGUGCAAGGAAAUAAAGGCUAGACAGAAAACGGAAAAGGGCCUUUGCAAACAGGAUAGCAUGCCAAUCCUACCCAGCUGGAAGAAGAACGCAGGUGCAAAGAAAUACAGCCCUCCACCCUAUUCCAAACAGCAAACGGUAUUCUGGGAUACUGCCAUAUGAAUGUGUACCGGAUGGCAUGAGCUCCACAUUGCUUACUACAAGGGAAGUCAACUUGGUCUUGUGAUCAUUAAUUGUUACCUGUGUUCUUGUUGAUGUGGAAUACCACGGGAAUCUGCGUGUCCUGUGGCAAGUCCAAACUAAAGUGUGUAUGUAUAUACCUGCAAUUAAG